UUGUAACUAACAGUACCGCCCACGCGGGACGCAGAAGACGAUUUUCCGUAACGUACAGGAAGUUAGCAAUUCUUCGAUGAAUGAUUUUUUUUCUUGCUAAGUGAUCAUUGACGCUAAUGAGCCGAACAUUUAUUCAAAUUCAUAACACAUUUAUACAUGUUAGGAGGUCAGUGUUGACGUAAAACACAAAACGUAAACAAUUAUUUGAAAGGUUUCGUUAAACAGUUAAGAUUUAUUUGUUAAUGGUUAGACACCUGCUAAGCUAGCACAACAACGGAUGCUACAUCCAGGGAACGCUUCAAUAAUGGACGGCCUUGAGACACCAUAUGAGGAGGAUUUAGAGUUUAUCCAGUGCACGGUUUGUGAGAAGUCCUUAAAGGGGGAAUCUCUGUUCAAGAUACACCUGACCACACCAGCACAUCUAAAGAAAGAGCAUGCUGUUGUUACUUCUGGGCAGGCUGUCCGACAAAAGACGGUACCGAAAUUUACAGACAUAGUCAAAUACUUGGAUUAUCUGCAACUCGAUGAGCCAAUCAUUGGUUUAAGCUGCUUGGAGGAGGUGCCGAAUCCGGAUCCACAGCUGGGCCCUAAAUUCAUGUGCAGGCUGUGCAAACACCCCGCUUUCCUCACAGAUAUGGUUUGCCACGUGAUUGGACGCAAACACAGGCAGAAAUAUGUGGAAGCAAAAAGGCCAGACUUGGUGACCUGGGAUUAUCGAAUCCUAAAUACGCAGGCAGGGAAGAUCAUGCGUGCCAAAGCAGAAAUAAUAGAGAGACAAGAUGGGCGUGGAUAUCCACAGGUCAUACAAAGAAGAGGAGUUGAGGGGAAGUUAAAUAUCUCAAGAAUUCCUCCAAGGCAGAGGCAGAUUAAAGAGCAGAGCCUCUCACAUCGACCCACUUCAGAUGUCCCGCCACUAUUACCCGAACUCGCGGAUUUUAACAGCAGGAAGAGGAGUUGGGAUUACCCAAACACUCCCGGAUUACACCCAGAUGCAAUCGUAAAUAGAGACAGGCCGUUUCCGAGGGAGGCCCCUUUCAGCCAGCACCGCCCUCAAGAUGAGUUUCAAAGAGCGGCGAGUCUUCCUAAAUACAGAGAAGGCAGCAUGAACCCCGAUUACCACCCUCGGUACGAAGAACCGCACGUCCAAGAGCCACAAAGGCGGAGUUUAGUGGAGCCGCAAGACCGUCCCGUGUAUGACAGCAGGGAACCUUACGGGCAAGGUCGCGCUAACCAAUCAGAGGCUUCUGCUUCCUACAAGAGACCCUAUCCAGACAGAGAUCCUUUACAGGAGUUCUACGCUGAGGAAGUUAGGCGUGGGAAAGGUUUGCACGAAUAUCAGACCCCCCAGCAAGGAUACUCUGGUGGUGACCAACGGCGCUGGUCUCUGGAAAGAGAAUCAGGACAGCUGGACAGAGCAGUUAGACAAGGAUCAAGUGAACCAGAGGCCAAGAGAAGGAACGUCCCCGUUGCCAUGGACAGUGAAGGCUGCAACGACCAGCUGUUUAACAUCAUCAAAGAUUACCAUCACGAGAUGAGGCACUUGAACCAACAAAGAUCGUUUGACCAACCUGGGCCAAGCAGAGAAGAGCCCCCGGCCGCUCAGAUGAAAGUCGCCGCCAACAUUUCCAACAUCCCAGAGCCCUUCAUGCGCUUCCUGAAAGGAGGAGUGAAGGACGAGGGGCUGACUAGAAGAAAAAGUCGCUUCUCUGAUGCCACUCCAGAGGAACUGGAAAUGACAAACCAAAUGUUUGGAAGUGGACCUUCAUAUUCGGAUGCUAGAGAGGAUUCCCGACCAAUGAGAGCGGAGCACGGAGGAGCUCAAUACUCUGGAAAUUACAGAGAAUCUUGGCCUCCUCAUCAUAAAGAGAGCUACAACAAAGGUGGUUCUGAAUCAGGCGGUGUCUUUGAUAUGCUGAAAAAUGUUGAAAUUGAGGAUUCAGAAGAGGCAGAGUUUCUGAAGAGCAAACUCUCCUCCCUUCUGAAGGAGUUCCAGGCCAAAAAAAUGGAGAAAAACAUGGCUCCUGGACCACAUGAGAGAAACCCAAGAGAAAGUUUUGAUCGCACACGACUGGAAGACGCUUCUUUUGGCCACGGUGACAGAAGAGGAUGGAACCAUCGUGAACAGAUGCCUGAAGAGCACUACCAAGCAUAUCGAUAUCCCGCACACGAGGAACCACGACAAUCAGUCAGGAGUCGUUAUGAAGAUGAGAUGGCAUCAUAUCCUGAAAGGUUUCAAGAACCCAUGCGUCCUGCAGAAUACCAGCAGGGAGGAGUUGAAGAGAACUCCUCUGCGCCUCCUCUUUUCAUGGAGCAAGGAAGCAGGAGACUCGGGGACUCCAGCUACUCUAAAAAUCUGGACAAGAUCACUUCUGCCCUCCUGGAGCUUGUGGCAAGAAAAUAGCCGAUGCCUCGUUUAAUAAAGAAAAAACUUGGAGGUGUAAAAUUUCUUAGACUGUUUAGGCUUCAAUAUAUUUUGGUUUACAAAUUCAUUUUUGUUUUCAUAACGUCACUGAACUUAGUUUUUUUUCUUUUUGUGUUUGCAAUAAACUGUCUUCUACCACUGUCCGUUUUUUGGUAAUAUACUCAGUAAAAAAAGAAAUCCAUUUUUGACUUUAAAAUUAACUGCAAUUUUAUCUAAGCCAUUACAGUAAAAUUAAUCGCUGCAUACAUUUAUGUUUGAGUUAAAAUAUUUGCAAAAAAAUCAUUCCAGUCUAUUUUAUAGAUGGGAUUUAUUUUGCUGCUUCAGUUUGAGAUGAGAUAGUUAUUUUAGUUUGAGCAGGGAUGUCCUGAACUUCUACACCAAUCAAAGGAAAAUAUGCUUUAUGUCAGAUUAUAGCUCAGAAUUUUAUGUUUUAUAUCUUUUAUUGAUCACAAAUGGAGAAAAAUAGGGAAAAACCUUCAAUUUAAAAUCUAUUUUAUCCAUAGGAGACUAAUGGGACAGCAAGUAAGAUACAAAAGAAGAAUAAAGGUCAAUUUGUAUUUGAGCUAACAAAAAUUUUAUUAAUGUACAGUAUUUUAGCAGUUAAAAACUGACUUUUAAACCAUUUUAAAUAUGUAUGAUUAAAAAAAA